UGUCAUUGGUAUUCCCAGGUCUCUGAGUCCCCACGCACUCCCAUAUGCCUCUGAGUGGAUUCAUACCGCAUUCGGACCCAUUGUCUUGCCUGCGCCGUUACACUACUAAAAUAGUUAACAGCUAUAGCUAUAUUAGCUACUAUCUUAAAAAAAAGCAUAGAAUUAAUAUUAGUAGUAAUAAAAGUUUUUUACUUAAUUUUCUUUAUACUCUACUUAAUCCUUAGGCAGUAACAGCUGCUACAGUAGCAGGCUUAGCCUAAGUUGCUU